AUGCCAGGAACAGUCAAGACGACUCUCAACUACUACCCUUCGUCAGGGUUCAAAGAGAUGUUACUAGGCACGCUGGAGAUGUUCCGCCGCCCUUUCGACCCCCGAGAAGUCGAGGUAACGGACAUUCGUGGACGAGAGGCCGACUUUCAUCUGGACACUCACGGCUUUGCGCUGCACCCGCACAAUGGGCGCCACGCGAGUAAAUGCCUUCUCAACCUUAUCCAGAACGCAUCGUUUGAAGAAAUGCAGCAGAAAGCCACAACGGCCCUUCCCGGCAGCAAGUUAGCCGGGAAUGUCGCACCGGCCCGCGCGGUGCAUAUCGAUCAGUCUACCUCCGGCGCUCAUGAUAUUCUGCGCGACAACCUGGGCCCGAAUGAGGCAGAGCAGUUCCAGAAGACUCGAUGGGCAAUCAUCAAUGCAUGGCGGCCGCUGGAGCCUGUCCGCCGAGAUCCCCUUGGGCUCUGCGAUGCCCGUACGGUCCGUGAGGAAGACCUGGUAGACGUUCAAACGUACCUGCCAUCCUCAGCACAAGACAAGUACAAAUCCCUCAGCAAGGAGCGUCGUUUGGCAGCAUCCGGGUCAAGUAUUCCGACCGCCAUCGGUGGUAUUACGCGUCCGGGAUGA